AUGAGGCGGAGCCGAGUAGCAUGCAUGGUUCUGAUUGCCUGUCUGGCCACGCUUUACGUGGCUGACGCCGCAAAGCCAAACCCCAAGGGUAAGGCCCCAGCCGACGCACCCCCGUCCGCCACACCGCCCGCCGCGCCCCGCAUCCUGCAGCCGCCAAGCGCCCCCGCCGCGCUGCCCCCGCUGCCGAGCGGCGCCGCCCCGGCCGUCGCGCCCGCUGCGCCCGCCGCGCUCGCCGCGCCCGCCGCGCCUGCGGCGCCCGUCGCACCCGCGCCGCUGACGCCGUCGGGGUCGCCCAGCGGGUACUCUGUUGAGGCUGCCGAGGGCUGCAUUAAUGCCGGCGCCCUCCAGGGCGACACCACCGCCUGGCUGGCCUGCCACAAUGCCAAGGCGGCCUGCCAGGGCUUCGGCCCCGGCAUCGUCAUCCGCGCUAACGCCGCCGCCGCCGCAAACGCGACGGCGGUUGACUUGAAGGCGGCCAAUGGCAGCGCCUCGCUGGUGCAGUGCAGCAAGUUCGCGCACGGCGCCUGCCAGCAGGGGGCCAAGACCGCCUCUGACUUCCUGUGUGCCGCCGAGCUCGCCACCGGCUUCGGCGACUGCUCUCCGGAGGACUUUGCCACCGCCUUCGCAAUCGAGGCAACCGCCGCCUGCGCCAGCACCGCCAAGGCCGCGACCGGCGUCGACCCCGAGACGGGCGCGUGGGCCGGCGCCGCCGGUAACGCGACGGCGCCCCCCGAGGCGCCCUCUGGCGGCAAGGGCGGCGCGGCCCUCGGUCUGGCGAAGAGGACCGAGGACGACGCCACCAUCCACAGCCCUUUCCAGAACCCUUGGACCGACCCCUUCACCAACCCCAACUGGUGGAUGUACGCAAGGGGCGGCCCGUACGGGCCCUACACCGGCGGCGCGGGCAGGGAGUCCCCAGCGGGCGGCUACGUCAACGGCAACUGGUACCAAUUCAGCGGCGUCUGGUACCAGUAUUUGGCAGGCCAGUUCUACCCCGCCGCGAACACCGGCGGCGGCGUCAGCAGCGGCGGCGGCGCGUCCUCCGGCGGCGUCUUCUCGGGCGGCUCCCCGGCCGGCCCGUCGGGCCCGCCGGCCGGGCAGGACCGCACGGCUCCUGUUUACCAGAACGGCCAGUGGUACCAGCUGGGCGGGGUGUCCUACCUUUACCAGGACAACCAGUGGCACUACCUCAAGGACGACCAGUGGUACCUCUUUUCGGAGAACAACUGGUACUACUACGAGCCCAAGGCGGCCACCUACUACUACUACUCAAACGGCAUGUACUACGUCCCCGACACACCUACCGCCACCACCGGCCACUGGUUCAACGUGCCCAAGCCCCGCACCCCCCCUGCCGCGCCGACUGGCCGCCCCAGCCGCCGCCUGCUUGCCUAA